AUGAUUCAACGUACUCGCCACUUGGAGCAUCUGACUUGGCUGUUCGACACCUUCCCCGUUGUCGCGAUACUCGGUGCUCGGCAGGUUGGUAAAACAACUCUGGCGAGGGAAUUUGCCGAUCAGGUGCCCGGCCCGGUCACCCGCUACGACCUGGAGAAUCCAGCAGACCUAGCUCGACUCGCCGAACCUCAGCUGACUCUCGAAGAGCACUCGGGAUGGGUGGUCUUAGACGAAAUUCAGCGCCUCCCCGAGCUAUUUCCAAUUCUCCGAGUGCUGGUCGAUCGCCCCGACUCCAACACCAAAUUCCUGCUGCUGGGCAGCGCGUCUCCCGAGCUACUUCGUCAGACCUCAGAGACCCUCGCGGGGAGAAUCUCUUAUCAUCGCCUGCGCGGAUUCGCCUUCGACGAGGUGGGCAACGAUCGAUUCGACCAGCUGUGGCUUCGCGGCGGAUUCCCGCGGGCAUUCCUCGCCCCUGGCGAGGCCCAGAGCAAUGCCUGGCGCGACCAGUUCGUGCAGACAUUUCUCGAGCGGGACCUGCCGCAACUGGGCGUUCGAACUCCGGCCGAGACCCUGCACCGAUUCUGGUCGAUGAUCGCUCACUACCAUGCCCAAAGCUGGAAUGGCGCAGAGCUGGCUCGGGCCUUCGGAAUCUCGCAGAGCAGCGUGCGGCGUUAUCUCGACCUGCUGACCGACAGCCUCGUUCUACGCCAGCUACAACCCUGGCACGAGAACCUCUCGAAGCGGCAGGUCAAGGCGCCGAAGGUCUACGUCGACGAUUGUGGACUGCUGCACACGCUGCUUGGAAUCGAAAGCCGCGAGGCCCUGCGACGUCACCCCAAGGUCGGCGCCUCCUGGGAAGGCUUCUUGAUCGGGCAGAUUCUCGAACUGCUUCGCGCCCGUCCCAGAGAAAGCUAUUUCUGGGGCACCCACAACGGCGCCGAGCUCGAUCUUUUGGUGAUCCAUGGCGAACGCCGCCUGGGCUUCGAGAUCAAGCGGACCGCCGCCCCAAAGAUCACUACCUCGAUGCGAUCCGCGUUGGCCGACUUGGGGCUCGACCAACUGAACGUAAUCCAUGCCGGUAAGGACCCCUUCAAGAUGUCCGACAAAAUCAGAGCGAUCCCCGCGACCGAGCUGCUGGGAACUAUCGAACCCUUGCGGUGA